GCUGAGCCUUACUUUUACCCCUUUUACCCUUUUACCACCCUGUGUUUUUGUUUGCCGACCUCUUCGAGCCGAUGCUGUAAACGCGCGUGCACAUACGCACCAUAUGCACAUACACACACACACACACUCGCGCGCACACACAUACUCACUUAAACCUUCCACCCGGUGACCGCGCGCGCGCUCGUACACACGCACGCCAGACACAACAAAAACAACCAUCCGUGUAUCGAUCCAUUGGUUAUUGGUCUGGCACGCCAAGGUUUGCAGGUAAAAGAGUGGCCGUUGUCCGUAUCGUGUCCGGCUUUCCAACCAUCCAACGCGGUACGCAGGUGCGUCUUCACCGAAAAAGUUGUAGCCGUCGGCAAUCAUAGAGGCCACCAGCAGCAACGGGACACGGUCCCCACGUCCAGCCCAAGCCCAGCACACAGAAGGGGGCUCCACAGGAGGGGGCCCAGUGACCCCACACGGCGCAACGUGCCGGAAAACCAAAGGAUGAUGCCGCACGCAGACACGCACACCCAAGUGGCCAAGGGACGGCAAACGGCACGGAACAACGGCACAGAAAAGUUCUUGUGAGUGAGUCAGAGAGCGUGUGUGUGUGUGUGUGUGCAGAUUGUUUGAGGUGUUCCCUGGUGUACACACCCGUAUGACCAUCGCCGCCGUCCCCGGCCUGUGUGCCAUUGUUUGUUUACCUGCCUGCCGGACCGAACCGACGGUGUACAGCAGGAAGAAGCAAGCGGCAGCAACAGCAGCAGCCACUACCACAGCCAGUAGUGCAUCCGUGCGCUUGACGAACCCAGCGAUGGAUCGGCGGACAGUGUGUGAAUAUAUGUGUGUGUAAAGUGUGCUGUGUAUGUGAGUGCAGGGCGACUGUCUCCGAUAUUCUGCAAUCAACUGACCAGCAGAUCCUGCAACAACUAGUAGGCUCCCGAUCUCCCUGGACUGUCAUCGUUCGCCAGGGCAGCUGAUGCUGCCAAGGAAGGUGGUGGUGAUUGUGGAGGAAAGAAAGCAUCGUUUUUGUGACACGAAUUUUUUACUUCAAUCAAGCGUGACCCUGUGCUUGUGCGCCUGUGUGUGCCCGUGUCAACAAUCAAUAGCAUCCUACCAACCAACGCCAGCCUCCUCCCCUCCCCUCCGUAACCCAACGCUCUGCUAAACCUUUCACGGACAACGCGAUCAACGCUACCUGCACCUUUCCCUGUUUUACGUGUCCGUCUUGUCCUUGUGUAUGUGUGUGUCAAGAUGUGUGCAACGAAACUAGAUACCACCAUGAUGCACUUGCAGCCGGAAAGCGUCCGCACCGCCAGCCUCCACCAGCUCCAACUCCGGCAGCUCCAGCACCCGUACGAAUGGUUCCCGAUGAAGAGAUGUCGGUCACUGGACAGCAACGGCAUGCACUGAGUGGAGGAUGGUACCAUCCAUCAGGCGGGCUCUCUGAUCGGCUAUGGUGGAAAUGGAUUGGACACCCUGCGCGACCGAAUGCGGGGCUAACAUGCUGUGAGCUGACGCUAGAUUGGCCCCCAGCAACUGGCUAAGAAGCAGUCUUAGCUACACGCAUUGCUGGAGGAAGGAGUGCGCCAAAGCUAGUCCCCUCGUUCCAUUUAGUGCGCAAGAUCCCUCUGAGCAGUAAGCGAAGCAUCAUUUGAAAUUGGAUUCCCAACGAACGACCCUUGGACAAUUUGGAAAUGUAUUUACAUUCGCCAUUCACCGUUCCGCGAUCGAAGCCGCGAUGGUAGACCGAUUUCAGGCGAGAAAUUAUUGUACAGGAGGAUGUAAGAAAUGUGAGCUAUGGGAAUGAAUCCUGGUUGAAGUGCAAUAUUGUGUGUGUAUAUGUGUGUGUGUUGUGGGCGCUAAAGUCUAAAAAAGGGGCUAGGUGUGUGAUUUACCAUACGUGCAAAAUAUGAGUUGUACCGUCUCAAGUAUUUAGUGAUGAUUUGUGUAUAAUAGACGAUAAACGCAACCCGCGAACUUCAUCUCGGCAAAUGUACAGUAAAACGAUACAGUUAGAUAUUUUGGACCGUGUGCAUGUGUAAAGUAAUGUUAACGGUGUUAUAUGCGUAAAACAAACAAUUGUUGCCUCAUGCGCGACCAGCUUCUUAGACUAGACGACUUGCUAUCAAAAGAAACACCGAGCGAACCUCUUGCGUCUCUUACUCCAUCAACACGCGCUUCACCCCCUCAUAAACGGGAUCAUUCCAAGGCGCCACAGUAAGACCGGUGACAGGAAACCAACACUCCAGAACACACAGGCACACGAGAGGUGGGGUGCGUCUGUAGUGUGUUGUUCCCUCUUAACUGUGGUGUGCUCGAAUUACGCUUGCCUUGAAGAUUUUAUCCCCCACUUUGUGCGUAGCUCAAACACAUGCGCAUCGGCGAGCCCUUUCGGCGAGAGACCGGAAGAAGGGUGAGCGGCUAAUGCAACGGAUGCGAAACGCGACGACUACCAUGAAGCGCAACACUACCACGAUGCCGGGGGGAACCGAUUCUAGCUGGUCCGUUCCACACCGGAUUUAUCUGCAGCAGCAGCAGCAGCAGCAGCAACAACAGCAGCAGCAGGCCCACCAGCAGCAGCAACAGCAGCAGCAACAGCAGCGACCACGGUUUGAUUACGGAUUCUGGAAGAAUCCGGACGAGUCAACCGAACUGAUCUUCCUGAUGCCGAACGGCGUGAUGAUCACGAUGUACAUACCGAUCCAUAUUACACUGGAUGAACUGAAGUCGGACGUUUGGGAGGAGGCAGAACGGUACCCACUGUACUGCCAUCUAGGCGAUAAGAACAAGUACUGCUUCGGCACCCUGGCGGCGGGCCGGACGAACAGCAACACGACGUACGAAAAUGAGGCCGAAACCCGGCUGAUGGACGUGCAGCCCACUCUCGGCAUCCUGCGCUUCGUCGAGAAGAGCAACGUGUCGGAGAACACGAAGCUGAUGGAGAACAUUAGCAGCCUGCUGGACAGCAAGCUGCCGGUGAAGACGCUGGUCAACCCGGAGGUGAACGAUUUCCGCGCCAAGAUGAGCAUGCUGAGCGAGGAUAUCGGCAGCCGGCGGGCCGUAAUGACGCGGAUGGAGCGGAUAGCCUACCAGUACCCGGCCAAGCUGGUCAGCGGUGCUCACGUGCCCGAGCCGAUCAGCCGGCGGCUGACGAACGGCGACUUUUGCGUGGUGGCGAUCAGCACCGACAUGCAGCUGACGGUGAAGGUACCGUGCCGGGCGACUCCGGACGAGGUCCUGAAACGCAUCCUCAAGAAGCAGAACCCGUCGAAGGCGCGCAAUGAGAACAGUAGUACGGAGUACAUAUUGAAGGUGUGCGGGCGGGAAGAGUACAUCUAUGGGGCGCACCCGAUGAUCAGCUUCCAGUACGUGCAGGACUGUCUGUCGCGGGACGAGACGCCCACGUUUGUGCCGCGGCUCGUCCGCACGGUGGAGGUAUUUAAGAACGACAUCUACGACGCGCGCGAAGACUUUACGCAGUGGUCGGCGUCGGCCAAGCCGAGCUCGCUGUACGGCGGCAGCAUCAGCAGCAGCAGCGGGUACGGCGGUAGCGCAGGCAGUACCUACAACACCCAGUCGCAGCAGUCGCACACGCUGCGAAAGGUGAAGUACAUCACCAGCUGGGAGAUCGACGCGAAGCUGCAGUGCACGGUGCACGAGAUUCGCGGGCUGAAUGUGGAGUCGGACAAGGAGCUGGGCGUGCAGCUCGGUCUGUUUCACGGCGGCAAGUCGCUGUGCAAAACGGAGCGCACGCGCACGGUCACGGUGAACAGUGGCGCCGCGACCUGGAACGAGACGAUCCUGUUCGACAUCAACGUAAGCAACGUGCCGCGCAUGGCGCGGCUGUGCCUGGUGGUGUACGAGAACAUGCGCACGGCCAAGGGGACGGGCAUACGGACGCGCCGCACCAAGGACGGGCUGAUCAAUCCGAUCGCGUGGGUCAACACGAUGGUGUACGACUACAAGAACCAGCUGAAGGUGGACUCGGUGACGCUGUACACGUGGGACUACGCGGAGGAUGCGCAGUCGGAGGACAUUCUGCAUCCGCUCGGCACGGUCGAGCCGAACCCGAACCGGGACAACAUGGUCGUGUCGGUGCUGCUGAGCUUCGGGACGUACGGUCCGGAGGGGCGCAUCAUCGUCUACCCGGGCGAAGAGGAGCUGCUGUCGCACGCGGCCAAGAUGAGCCACCGCAACGAGCAUCUGAAUCGCGAGAGCGCCGAGGACACGCGCUCGAUCCGGGCGAUCAUGUCGGCGUACAUGUACAACGACCGGCUGAACGACAUCCACGAGCAGGACCGUAAUGCGAUCUGGGCGAAGCGGCGCGAGUGCAUGAAGCAGAUGCCGCAGGGGCUGCCCUGUCUGCUCUACUGCGUCGAGUGGAACAACCGGGACGAGGUGUCCGAGAUCGUGUCGCUGCUGCAGGAGUGGCCCAAGCUGCUGGUCGAGCGGGCCCUCGAGCUGCUCGAUUACGCGUACGCGGACAAGUACGUGCGCCGGUACGCCGUGGACUGUCUGCGCACGAUCGAGGACGACGAGCUGCUGCUGUACUUGCUCCAGCUGGUGCAGGCGCUCAAGCACGAGUCGUACCUGAACUGCGAUCUGGUGUACUUUCUGCUUCAGCGCGCCCUGCACAACCAGCACAUCGGCCACUAUCUGUUCUGGCAUCUGCGUUCCGAGAUUUCGGUGCCGUCGGUGCAGGUCCGGUUCGGGCUGAUACUGGAGGCGUACCUGCUCGGCAGCCCGGAGCAUGUGGCUGUGCUGCUGAAGCAGAUGCAGUGCCUGCGCUACCUGCAAACCUGCUCGGACAACGUGAAGAAGGGCAGCAAGGAGAAGGGCCGCACGCUGCUGAUCGAGCAGCUCGCCAAGGAGGGCCACGUGACCAGCGACCUGAUCAGCCCGCUCAACCCGAGCUACCGGUGCAAGGCGGUCCGGACCGACCGGUGCAAGGUGAUGGACUCGAAGAUGCGCCCGCUCUGGAUCGUGUACGAGAACAGCGACGCGAACGGCGACGACAUACACAUGAUCUUCAAGAACGGGGACGACCUGCGGCAGGAUAUGCUGACGCUGCAGAUGCUGCGCAUCAUGGACCGGAUCUGGAAGAGCCACGGGUACGACUUCCGGAUGAACCCGUACAGCUGCAUCAGCACCGACCACAAGCUCGGCCUGAUCGAGGUGGUGCUGAACGCGGAAACGAUCGCGAACAUCCAGAAGGAGCGAGGCAUGUUUUCGGCCACUUCGCCGUUCAAGAAGGGUUCGCUGCUGGCGUGGCUGCGCGAGCACAACGGCACCGAGGACCUGCUGGCGAAGGCGAUCCAGGAGUUUACGCUCAGCUGCGCCGGCUACUGCGUGGCGACGUACGUGCUGGGGGUGGCGGACCGCCACUCCGACAACAUUAUGGUGAAGAAGACGGGCCAGCUGUUUCACAUCGACUUCGGGCACAUACUGGGCCACUUCAAGGAGAAGUUUGGCUUCCGGCGGGAGCGCGUGCCGUUCGUGCUGACGCACGAUUUCGUGUACGUGAUCAACAACGGCCGGACGGAUCGGGAGGCGCAGGAGUUCUGUCGCUUCCAGACGCUCUGCGAAGAGGCGUUCCUUAUUCUACGCCAGCACGGCUGCCUGAUACUGUCGCUGUUCUCGAUGAUGAUCUCAACUGGCCUCCCGGAGCUGUCGUCCGAAAAGGAUUUAAACUAUCUGCGGGAAACGCUGGUGCUGGACAAAACGGAAGAAGAGGCGCGUACCCACUUCAAGCUCAAGUUCAGUGAAGCGCUUGCCAACUCGUGGAAAACGUCGCUCAACUGGGCAUCGCACAACUUCUCCAAAAACAAUCGACAGUGACACCAGUAUCAUCUCGGGCGGAACCAUCAGACGAUGUAGCUCUGGCAGUGAGCAGCUAGGUGCGAAAGUGGGCAGAACUGCCGCGGAAAGUGAUGCAGCAGACAAGGGAGGAGUAGGGAGUGCUGAUGGUAUUUGUGUUUUGUCGGAGAGGUUCCAAGACCUUGCGCUUCCGACGUGGUGUGAUGCGUGUUCAUUGAUUUUUUUUUUUAUACUUUUUUUGGCACGUUCCGUACCCGCAUGGCAUUGGCGCGAUGUGCGAAAUUGCCUGGGCACAUGCCCUGGCAGCAACAAUGACAUCUUAAAGGGCGUGUGACACGCAAGGAAGGACGGCAAACUUGAGCGAGUUAAUUCACAGAAAAGGCAGAGAAGGCUUUCGUGUAUGUGACACACAUGGCUAUACAUGCUAUAGCUCUAUACAUUAGGUAACAUUUGAAAAAAAAUUGAAGCACGGUAAUGUGUGUUGUUAGGAAGAAUAUGCUGAGGAAGGGAGCGUGUGCAAGCUGGAAUCGGUCAACAACCGAUUGAUUUACUAUUACUAUACUUAGUUACGUAUCUUUUUCAUUUAUUGUUUUUGUAACCACUUCUCAGUACAACUAUAACUGAACAUGUUGACGCACGCUGCUUAUACGCAAACGUACGGGGGAUGGGGACAGUAUUAAGAAACCACAAGAUGCGAACGAAUGUACUUCCACACUUGAAAUAUUACUUCCAGGAACUUCCACACUUGAAAUAUUACUCGAAAUGCAAUUGAGAGAAACAGCUGAAUAGGAUUCCAUUUCUAAUGCAAUGCAAAACAUGAUGCACCUGUAAUUUUGCUAUUUUCCAAACCGCUUGCGUUUCUUGUGACAACUUCAUCUACCGGAGAGGGGCACGUGCAAAGGCUGUAUAUAGAGAUAGGGCGUACAAGUGGGAAGCAAUUUUGCAUCAUUUUCGUUGACAUUACAGCUGCGGCUGAACAGGUGCUGACAGUAGGUAGCAUCAAACGACAUACGCAAUGAAAUUUUCCGACCGAAGGCUAUUCAUUGACCUUCUCGAGACGCUUUAUUUGUCUGUACAUAUUCCAAAGUCAUUAGAGCGAUUCUAUUGCUCAUCGUUUGAUGCCCAUAGCUUCUCUGUGUGUUCUAGCUGAUUUAUAUAAAAUUCCUUCGUUCAAGUUCACUCUAUCUCUUUAUUGAAAAAAAAACCCCUUGAAGUGUGUCCCUUAUGCGACAGUAAUCGAGGAUCGAAGGUAGCAGAAAACAAGUGCACCCAGUCGUGGCACACGUCUUCACAGUAGUUGUGUCGAUCACAAAACCUUAUGUCCCGUUUGUGUGAGUGUAUGCGUGUUUUUUUGUUUUUUAGUUUACGUGUUUUAAAAGAUUAAUGUGAAAUCAUUCAAACUGUUCGUGCAAUAGUGCAGCUGUCUGAGCUUUACACUAAAGCAGUAAGCAUGUUUUUGUGUGUUUGUUUUUUUUUUCUUUAAGAUUUAGCACAAGUGCCCCCACCCUUCUAAACAGCAUUAUGUAUAUCAUAAAACACACUCACAACACUCCGUUUUAUGCAGCAGACUAGACCCCCACCCCCUUUCUCCCCCGACGUUAAGCAAACACAAAACAUGAUUUUUUUUUUCAAAAAUGCGAACGCUCUUACAUGGGCGUGUGUAAUUAGUGCAGGAAAAAUGUACUGGAGCGCUUACACUCCACCUAUUUAUAUAGCAUCACAAUCCAUUCUACGAGCACAACCAUACGUAAUGUAUAUCAGUAGUACAGAAAAGAAAGGGGCAGAGAGAGAGAGAGAGGAAGAGAAGCUCCUAUUUUAUACAAUCAUUUCCAUCCGCACCCAAAUGUAGGGAGUGCACAGUAACACGGGGUGCAUUUUGGUGUGCUUUCGGGCGCCACUCAUUGCAGCCCACCCACUACCCCAGCAACCUCCAUAACAUAAAAAGAAACAUACCUGGUAUUCCGAUCUACAAAAAGCUCUUUUGCUUUCAUUAUGUGCACCAUAUAUGGCGGUGUACGCCAAGGUAGCGUAGAUAGCUUUGAUGUAAGCCGUUCGGUUACACGAUUUUAAAUGAGUUAGUGUUUAGAUGAUAUUUUAGAUUGUUUUUUUGCUUCACAGUGUCACAUUCGCUAUUCUGUAAUAGAUUCUCCAGCUUCAUGAGUGAAUUGGAAUGCGGUAUACAUGUUCACGUUUUAUUUUUUUUACAGAAAAGCCUGAAAUUUUUCAAAUAGGUUAAAUUUAAUUUAUCUGCUGGCUAAUAUUUCAUUAAAUUUAACUGAUCGCAGUCAUCAUCUCAUGAAAAGGGCGAAUCCAAAAAGGUGUGCGGACUAUCGAAUGUGCACUGUAUACGAUAUACUCGCUCAUGCAGACAUACGUAAUGAUAGGAAAAUGAGGAAAUGGAGCAAUGCAUCGCUACCAAUAGAGAAAGAGAAAGAGAGAGAGAGAGAGAGAGAGAGAGAGAGAGAGAGAGAGAGAGAGAGAGAGAGAGAGAGCGAGAGAGCGAGAGAGAGAGAGAGAGAGAGAGAGAGAGAGAGAGAGAGAGAGAGAGAGAGAGAGAGAGAGAGAGAGAGAGCGAGAGAGAGAGAGAGAGAGAGAGAGAGAAUGUUCCGGAUUUUGUUAAACCAAACUAAAGGGCGCUUUAGUGAAUUGUAUAGUUUGUUUACACCGACAACAAGACAGUCUGUGGCAAGUUAUUGGGAGGAUGAGACACAUUGAUAAUUGUACAUAGCAAACAGUUCUGUGAAGAGGUGAUAGCAUCUGCAAGCGAAGAAAAUGAGGCGGCAAAUGAAUGAGCUUUAUGAGCAUUAUUCUCUAUACAUAUUGUUUUAAUUAAAAAUAUGCGAUUAGGUAAACCAACAGUACCUUCAAAGUUCACUUAUGGCGCCACUCUGAUCCUUUGGAAGCUUUGCCCUUUUAGGACAAUCUGUAGAUUGAAACUUACCUUAAAAUUUUCCAAUGUGGAAUUUGAGCUUAAAUUUCUGUCGUAAUUGUUGAUAACACUUUGAGGACUCUUUGAAUUACUUUAUCAGCCCGUUGUACAGGAUUUGAUAUUUUAAUUUCUCAUGUGUUCUGUGAUAUGUACUGGGUGUAAUUAUUUUGAAGCUUUUUUAACUGUAACUUAUUGAUCAUUCAUGUGGCCCUUUGUAAUGUUUCGGUCUUUCGUUCGAUGUUCUUACUUAAGCUCAAUCAUUUUCAGCCCCAUGUUUCUUGCCUUGCCACAGAUGACUGAUGAAGCCCACUAAAAACCGCCAGCGUUAAGCGAUUUAGAUCAGCUAGAUUCACGAAAGCGUGGUUUUCGUGCUUGUAAAAAAAUCAAAAAUCUAUGUUUUCUGUAUUAUGUUUUGCUUGUUGGAAUUUAACGCAAGCGCGAAAGAGGCGCUGUCGUUUUGUGCGGUUACGUGCACAUUUUUGAACACUCUGGAUGCCACUCGCUUAAUACAAAUUCUCAUAGUUUCAGAAAACUGUUGCUUAACUUACAGAUGCGGUGGUCUAUCCGAUCGAUGCAUCUGUUCUUAUAAGCCCGGAUAGACUCGAUGCCAAACCGAAUCGUCUCCACUUAGUAAGAACUUCACUAUCAGACUGCGUGACACAAAUACAGGGUAUGGAUUCAUAUAAUGGAAUCGUUCAAACGCGUAGGGGAAUGUUGCAAACCGAUAGUGAAAAAGUUUGCAAGCACACUGUGGAGUCCUCAUUAGACUGGGGUAGCCUGUAUGGUUGCAUAAUUCCACUAUUGAUUUGCAACAAUCCCCUAAGCGAUUGAACUUUUCGGUUACUUGAUUCAAAACACCUUGUAAUUGUCAUCAUGAUCUACAAGUCACUGCAAAAUUAAAAGAAGAAACGUAACAUAACUUGACCAAACCGCGGAUGCGCAUCUGAAAUCGCAACAAAAUCUAGGAUAAAAUACGUGCACGAUGAAUGUAUAAAAACUAUGCAAAAUUAAUGUUGGCAAGAGAAAAAUCAUUAAAUGGCAAAGCAGACUAACACCAUUCAAUAUGUUGCACAUCACACAGCCGCAAAAGUGAUGUGUGAACAUUUAUAUCAAUAGAUCGAACAAUAGGUAGCGAUAGAUUCUGGAUGUAACGUGUGCAUAGAGACGCUGAGAAAGAGCAGGGAAGGGCGGGCUAUAUUGUACCACAUAAUUUUAUUAAAUAUGUAAUAUUUGUAGGCACCCAAUUGAAUACUACUAGCGUGUAAGAUGUAUCCUAUAAUGAUUAAUCAUUUAAACAAAUUCUCCAUGGUACAGCUUUUCGAUCUGCUGUGCGAGUUUUAGUACGACGUUGAGAUAAAACGGUUAAACUGGAAGGCGAGGAGCAGCGAUUUGAUUCACAUCAUAUAGCAAACUUAAUCAACUUUCACCUUCUACCUAGUACAGUAGAAAGUGGAAGCAAAAAAUAACAUUGGAAGAAGGUUAAACGAAUGAAUCAAAUGGGGACGCUACAGGGAUUAAAAGAAGAAAUCACAUAAAAGAGAUCAACAAACACUGUUGCUAAGAUAGACUAGACUGCUGGAGCUGAGCUGAGGAUGUGAUAGGCAAGGGUCAAUGAAGAAGAUUAUAGCAGGGAGGGAGAAGAGCCGGUUGAAAACGGCCCCCUCCCCCAACGACGUGAAACGUAGUAUCGAUACUGCUUAAAUCGCGCGAGUGUGUGUAUGUGUGUGUUUGUGAAAGUGAGUGUGUUUUAUGUCUAUUAACAAAAUUGCUCCAAAAUAUCAAACACACCCACGCGCGAGGCUAGUAGAAGAUACAGAUGUGCACGUAUCUAGCAUAUGUCAUACCACAAUCAAUCAGAAAAGAACAGACAUUUCACAUUCAAACCACACAAACAUAAAGUACAGGCGUAUAAGAUCAGGUAGGAAACUGUUAUGCGAAUCAGCUUGAGGCGAAGUAUUACACGCACCAGGCAUUAGUAAUAGACAGAGGAGAGUGAUAAAACACAUUGAGAUUGCGAAUGGUCCUAGCAAGUUGGAGCGUUGGUUUACAAUGGAAGGUGUGCAAAGGAUUGUUUUGUGUAUAUGUGUGUGUGUGUUUAUGCGAUGUGUACGUGUGCCUGCGAUGGGCACGCGGACAAGGAUUGAAACAGUUUACGAAGAAGGGAAAUAAAAUCACUGUACUUUUCACAAAA